AUGCCGUCAUCUUCAGUCUUCAGCUUUGCCCUUCUGGCGCUGUCACUUGACAUUACGAAUGCUUAUACCAGCAGUUCGUGGUCGAGCGAUAUGAUGACGUCUCCCACACUAUCCCUCGAUCCAUCACCGACCUCUUGGUCAACAUCAUGCUCGACGUCCUGGUCGACCUCUUGGUCCAACUCAUGGACCACCUCGUGGACCACGACGACUUCGACCAGCACCACUACGACCACUUCCACGACCAGCACCAGCAGCAGCAGUUCCGCCGCACUCGCCGCGGCCACGCCCACCAGCGACUGCAUCAACAACGAAAGCUACCAGGCCGACAACUACUGCGGCUGCUCGUACUCGAUGACGUGCGGCACCCACCCCAUCUACGACGAUAGCACCAUCCUGCUGGGCAUCUACUCGCUGGGUUCUCUCACCGACAACCACAUGGACUACUGCUCGGAGCAGUGCGACGUCGACUACCUCUGCCUGAGCGUCGUCGUCAAUGUCGAGGAGCAGCGAUGCUACAUGUACAACGAGCUUCCGAUCGGCGGCACCGCCGACACCAACUACGACCUCGCCGUGCGGGUCAACAAUGGGCCGGGGUCCUGCGUCAAUGACCAAGUCGGCGUCUGUCUCGCCAACAUCCCGACUCGGAAAUGGUAG